UGGACGGUAGCGACAUCACCUCAGAAUUCAGAAAUCUCAAGAUUCUCAACCUGGUAGCGACUAGGAGGCCAGAAAUUUUUUUCAAUAGAUGGGUUCAUUUGUCCGGUCUAUCAAAAGAGAAUGGGCUAACUUGGAAGGUAAAUUUGAAAGCUUUAUUGAAGAACACGGGGCGGAGCUUCUCGUUAAAUACCAACACAUUCUCUUGGGCGACCUAUAUAGAAGAUUGUUUCAAAGUGCAGUGAAAGGUGAAUGGGAUGAAGUCGUUAAAUUAUGUGAAAAAGAACAUAAUGCUUUCAAUGUCCAGAUCACCAGGUCAGAAGACACGAUAUUCCACCUAGCUGCCUACAAUAAACUCGAAGAGGAAUUUGAAAGACUUUUAAACUUAUUGGGCGGGGUAGAAGAGAUUGAGUUUGAGAUUGAUAUCGCACGGAGUUCUUUAGGAUUGGUAAACAUGAAUAAAGAUACCGCUCUCCACAUUGCAGCAUCAGUGGGGAGUAUGAGGAUGUGUACCAGAAUCAUUGAUACCGCAAAAUCAACAGAGUUACUAGGUUAUCGUAACAAAGAUGGUGAGACCCCUCUCUUCUCAGCAGUACUUCAUGGUCAUAAAGAUGUUUUCCUUUACUUCCAUUCUAUCUGCGGCCCCGAAAUAGGCUAUGAUUACUGUAAAAAGGAAGAUGGUGAGAAUAUUCUCCACUAUGCCAUUACCGAAGAAUACUAUGAUUUGUCCCUAGUAAUACUUCGCCUAUAUGGAGAUUUUGUAAACCUUGCCAAUAAGGAUGGCAUGACCCCUCUCCAUCUCCUAGCAAGUAAGCCUUCCGCCUUCAAAAGUGGCUGUGAUCUUGAAUGGUUUGAAAAUUACCUGUAUCACUCAUUUGUCUCAACUGAUGACAAACGGGAACUAAUUAGGAAAGCAGAUCAUGAAGAGAACCUUGAAAGACCACAAGUUACAGAUGGAGCAUUUAGCCGAAAAUGCGCAUGGAUGGAAGCUGAUAUAGAGAAUCCCGAAAGACCCCAACAAGGAGGAGACCCAUCACCCAAUGGAGUUCAAGGGCAUCAAUCACAGUUUCCACCUAAUUACAGAACCUGCAGCUUUUCGUUUGCAGAACUUGUCUCCAAGGUAGUGCAAUAUAUAUUUGGAUAUUCGGAGAUAAAAAAGAAGGUAAGUGUGAUGAGGGUGAGGCACACAUGGUCAAUUCUGAUCUUGGAUGAAAUGCUACAAUACACUACAAUGUAUCAGCAUAAACCAGGCAGUGAUUUGUUGGAAAAGGAUAUGGAUUCAAUUAUAAAUGUUUUAUGCCCAAAAAACCCCAACUGUAAAAUAUCUGGUGAGCCAUCAGAUCGUUGUGAAGAUUGGAUAAAUGAAGUCGAAGGUGACGUGCGGUGUCGCAUUCCAAUCGAGGAAGAGCAAGAAAAGAUAAGAAAAGAGCUUCAAAGUGUUAGAAAUUCCUUUCUAACUUCGGCGAAGCCAGCAAAAAGUGCAACACCCAUACUAAUGGCAGCAAAAAAUGGAAUUACGGAAAUGGUUGAGAAAAUCCUCGAACGUUAUCUAGUUGCCAUGUAUGAUGUGGAUGAAAAGAAGAAGAACAUAGUGCUAUUGGCGGUGGAGCAUAAGCAACCCCGUGUAUUCGAGCUCUUACUCUCACUCAAGAAGAAGGGUACUAUAAAAAACAGCCUAUUCUGUGAAGUGGAUAAUGAUGGGAAUAGUGCUUCGCAUCUUGCUGCAACGAAAACAGAUUUUAUUUGGCCAGUUCCUGGAGCUGCAUCCCAAAUGCAAUGGGAUAUCAAAUGGUAUGAGUACAUAAAAAAAUCCAUAGAACCGAGGUUCCUCCUUCUCUGCAACAAGCAUGGCGAUACCCCAGAGGAGGUUUUCACAAAUAACCACAAGGAACUUGUUAAAAUGGGCGGGGAUUGGCUAACCAGCACAUCAAAUGCGUGCUCUGUCGUAGCAGGUCUCUUUGUCACAACUACCUUUACCAUGUCAACCACUGUGCCUGAUGGUGUCAAAGAAGACAAACACAAGCAGGCAUCCAAAAUGUUAGCUGGUUCAUCUUUUGUCUCCUUCUGCACUUCACUCAUAGCAGUGGUCAUGUUCCUUGCGAUUCUCACAUCUGGGUACAGAGAAAGAGAUUUUCGCUGGACUUUACUGGUGAAACUUUUGGUGGGUUUAACAGCAUUUUACUUGUCUAUCGCUUCCACCUUGAUAUCUUUCUCCACUGGACAUUUUUUCGUCUUCACGAAUCAACUGAAUUCUGCAGCUUCCUCGUUGUAUGUAGUGAUUUGCUUGCUGCUUAUAACAUUAUUUGCUGUCACACAGCUUCCGCUGUACUUUCAUUUGUUGUGGGCUACCUUCAAGAAGGUGCCACAACCAAGGUAUAGGUUGAUCCCUCGCUGGCCAUAUGGUAAAGAUUAACUAGUAUUUACGUUCCUACCUUUUUCAAGAGAGAGUUGGUUUGAGUUAUUGAUUAAUGAACUCGUUUACACUUUCUCCAAAUAAUAUUGAUGCAGCGGACUUGUAUUGUAUUUCUGUUCUAUAUAUUGCAAUAUAGUAACACAUUUA